GCUCCGCGGGGUGCCCGGGCCGGAGUUGCUGUGUGGGGCGGGGAAGGUUCCGAGCAGGAGCCGGAGAACCGGGACCAUGCCGCCCCCCAAAGACGUGGUGAAAAUCGCCAUUCAGAUGAUGGGAGCCAUCCCACAGCUUAUUGAACUCAACCAGACCAAGCCCCUGGCUGCGGUUGUGAAGGAGGUUUGUGACGUGUGGAACCUGGGCAACGCCGAGCACUACGCCCUGCAGUAUGUGGACGGGCAGCAGACGUACAUCACCGAGUCGAACCGCGCGGAGAUUAAGAAUGGGAGCAUUCUGCGGCUGACCACUUCUCCGGAUCAGGAGGCAGAGCGGCUGCACAAUGGGAUCCGGAGUCACAACCUGGACGUGAAGGCAGACUCCCUGAAGAAGCUGGCGAACCUCUCCCGAGACAUCACCUUUGCCCAGGAGUUCAUCAAUAGGAACGGCCUGAAACAGCUCUUCCUUAUUGUGGAAGAGGGGAACGAUACAGGGGAGAUUCUAGCUCACACCCUGAAGGCAUUCAUGGAGCUGAUGGAGCACGAUUUUGUCUCCUGGGAGACGCUGAGUCCGGCCUUCAUCAAAAAAAUAGUGAGGUACGUCAACACGGGUGGGAUGGACGCCUCCAUCCAGCAGCUCUCCCUGUCCAUCCUGGAGAACAUGGUCCCGAGCAGCCGCCACCUCUUUGAGCUGGUCAAACGUGAAGUGACCCUGGAUCGCCUCCUCACCCACCUGCAGGUGACCAACCAGCAGCUGCAGCUCAAAGCCAUGGCGCUGCUCAUCGCCCUGCUGCUGAAUGCCAGUGACGCGGAGAGGAGGGACAUGAUGGGCUAUCUGGGCGAGAGGAACAUCCGGCAGUUCAUUCACAAGAACAUUAUCCACGCCUCGGAGCCGAUGGGGGAUGAGAUGGCCCAUUACCUCUACGUGCUGCAGUCCAUCACCCUCAACCUGCUGGAGCGGAGGAUGCGGACCCCCAUGGACCCCUACUCGCAGGAGCAACGGGAGCUUCUCCAGUUCCUGCGUCACAGCGCCUUCGAGUCGGAGAGCGAGGCUUCUGCCGGCACCGUCAGCGCGGAGCGCCGGCGCUCGGUGUGUGUCACAGAGUUCCGCAAGCUGGGCUUCCAGAACCACAGUAACCCUGCCCAGGACCUGCACCGCGCGCCCCCGGGACUGCUGGCCCUGGACAACAUGGUCUACUUCUCCAGACACUGCCCGAGCGCCUAUAGCAGAUUUGUCCUUGAGAACAGCAGCCGUGACGAUAAACACGAGUGCCCGUUUGCCCGGAGCAGCAUCCAGCUCACCCUGGCCCUCUGCGAGAUCCUGCACGUCGGGGAACCAUGCUCGGAGACGGCCCAGGCCUUCUACCUCAUGUUCUUCGGUCAGGACCACUUCUUCCAGGAGCUCUUCUGUAUCUGCAUCCAGCUGCAGAACAAGACCUGGAAGGAGAUGCGUGCCACGCAGGAGGACUUCGACAAGGUGCUGCAGGUGGUUCGGGAGCAGAUCACCCGGACCCUGUCCCUCAAACCCACCUCCCUGGAGCUGUUCAAGACCCGAGUGAACGCGCUUAACUACAGCGAGAUCCUGAGACUGCGGCAGACGGAGAGGAUGCACCAGGAGGAGACGCUGGCCGUGCCUGUGCUGGAACUGCGAGAGAGGCUCAAGCCCGAGCUCCUGGAGCUGAUCCGCCAGCAGCGGCUCCUGCGGCUCUGCGAGGGGACCCUCUUCCGCAAGAUCAGCAGCCGCCGCAGACAGGAUAAGCUGUGGUACUGCCGCCUGUCCCCCAACCACAAGGUGCUGCACUACGGAGAUGUGGAGCAGGGGGUGCAGAGCCCCCCCAUCGAGAGCCUGCCGGAGAAGAUUCCCGUGGCCGACAUCAAGGAGCUGCUGGUUGGCAGGGAAUGCCCGCACAUGAAGGAGAAGGGCUCCGGGAAGCACAACAAGGAUGUCCUGGACCUGGCCUUCUCCAUUAGCUAUGACGUGGAGGAGUACUACCUGAACUUCAUCGCCCCCACUCGCUACGAGUUCUGCCUGUGGACGGACGGCCUGAACGUGUUGCUGGGCCGGGAGCUGACGAGCGAGCGAACCCAGAGCGAGCUCGACAUCCUGCUCUCCAUGGAGCUCAAGCUGCGCCUCCUGGACCUGGAGAACAUUUCCAUCCCCGACACCCCUCCCCCCGUCCCCAAGCCCCCCAGCAACUUAAACUUCUGCUAUGACUUCAGCCCCAAUGAACAGUGAGGGCCUCCACCCCCGCCAUGGUGCUCUCGCUCCCCCGAGCCAGCCCCAGCUCCCGGCCCUGCUAGCAG